UCCAAGAGGUGGGAGGGCCCAAAAUGGCGCUGCUCCCUUCAGCCUCCUUGCAGUGAGUGGCCAAGAUCCUGAGACGCCCCCUUCGCACACCAGGCGGGCGGAGGGAGGAAAGAAGCUCCCUCUGCGUGCGGCCGUCGCCUCCCGUCCGCACCACCAUGAGCCUGGGUCCUCCCGCCCCGCUCCUCCUCCUCCUCCUCCUCAGCCACCUCCCCCUUGGGGCCCUUCGCCGCCACAGCGUCCUCGGUGUGGCGUGGGGCUCCCAGCCGGCCUCGGGGUGGCGGCCUGCGGGCCGGGCUCGCUGAGCCGCCAAAGGGCGCGCUGUGAAGCAGGCAGGCAGGAGCCUCUUUUCCCUCCCCCUUGCCUUCCUCGCUUCCCCCCCCCCCUCAAGCAGGUGGCACCGAGAGAUCCCAGGCGGCGUUUGGCUCGCCCGCCCGCCAGCCAUUACUCGGCCGGCUCGCCCGUCACCUCUCCGAGCCGCGCCGGCUUCGACUCUUUCAGCCCCGGGGACCUCAAGGGGCUUCCGUCCUCGACGAGAGACCCCCUCUUUCGACAAAGUUUGGGGCUGAGACGGGCGGAGAAAAAGUCGACGGCCAAACUUGUCCCAGCCCGCCGUCUCCUCCUCGCUUUCUGGCGCUUGAGGGGCUGGAGCCUGGCCGCCCUCGGUGAGUCGGGGCUGAUCCAAGAGAGGGACCUUGAUCUGCCUCCCUGGUUGUCGUCGCCAGCCAGCCCUGCUGGGCUCAUCCCAGCCCUCUCUUUCUUCCUCCUUCCUCUAGCACUAUGGAGUUUACUGAAAGGAAGAGGAGCAGGAAAUCCCAAAGCUUUAAACUGAUCAAUCAAGAUUACCCUCAUGAGGUGUACAAGAUACCAGACUACAGUAAUGAUGUUAACGGGGAGACCAAUGAGGUGCAACCAUUUCAUUUAGGAGAUGAAAGCCGGGAAAUUAAAAAACAAAUUACAGGGAUGAGAAGAUUACUGAAUGACAGCACUGGAAGAAUCUAUCAGCGGGUUGGCAAAGAGGGUGAGAAGCUGAAGGAAGAACCCCAGGAUUUAGACUUGGCCUGGACUUCCCGCCUGAACCCCUCUGCAGAACCCCAAGCAAACCUUCAUCCAUCUCCAAGUGGUGCAUGGAAUGAAGUACCUGCUCAGGCGAGCCACUUUUCAGGACAGUAUGGAACCCGUUCCAAAACAUUCCAAAACCAAGCAAGAGCUGUGGGUUCCAAUGGAGAAAUUCCAGUAGCUAAUUCCUCAGCUGGCUCAAACUGUUGCACUUGUAACUGCCAACCAGCAUUGCAGGCCAUUCUUCAAGAGCUUAAGACCAUGAGAAAGAUAAUGCAAAUUCAAGCAGUUGCUGCUCAGAACAGACAUCAACCUUCCAUUCCUUUGGUCAGUGCACAGAAAUCAACAGUGUCAAGGAAGAGAAAUAAAAAGAGAAAAUUGCCCCCAAAGACUAUUGAACCACUUACUGUGAAUAAGAAACCCAGCACUAUUGAAAAUGAAAAAAAGCUAUCAGCAAAAGCUGAAAGGUCUAGCCUGGAAGCAUCUGAAUCUUCUUUGAAAUUGGAGCCACAGGUUUCAGGAUUUGGAAUCGUCCUUGAUUCGUCAGCUUCCGAUCCAGAAGUGCAACUUGCUGAGGGCUUUGAUGUCUUCAUGCCCAAAUCCCAACUGGACUCUAUCUUAGCCAAUUACACUCGCUCAGGAAGCCUGCUGUUUCGAAAGCUGGUAUGUGCGUUUUUUGAUGACAAGACCUUGGCCAACUCCUUACCCAAUGGCAAGAGGAAAAGAGGCCUCAACGAUAACCGAAAAGGACUAGACCAAAACAUUGUGGGUGCAAUAAAAGUGUUCACAGAAAAAUACUGCACUGCAAACCAUGUGGAUAAACUGCCUGGCCCAAGAGAUUGGGUGCAGAUUCUGCAGGAUCAAAUCAAACUGGCAAGAAGACGGUUAAAAAGAGGUUCAGCAGAGACAACAGACUGUGAUGAGAAACUGGACACUUCUCUACUACAAACAGGUAGCCUCUUUGAAGCCACACAUUGUGUGCCAGUGUUUCAUUAGCAGAGCCUCCAUCUUUAAGUCACAGCAGGAUACCAGCAACCUUUUCGAACUACUUCAGUAUCCAUAUUCUACUCCGUCAUGGCCUCAAUCUUUCAUUCUUUUCAUGUUUUUGUAACUGGGAUAACAAAGCAACCAAAUCAGUUCCUUUAUUUUAAAUCAGAAUAGUCAUGUUCAGCAGCAAGGACAGUAUGCAGUUAAUCUGGUAACCACUGUAAAAGAACAGAUUUUAUCUUUAUGAUUGUAUUUUCCCACAUCAAUGUAUACAUGCUGGCUCUUUGUUUCAUCUUCAGUUAAACAAGAAAAACAUAAACAUGGUUAGAAGCCUUUUGUCCUUUUUGGAGGGAGCUCUGAAGGGAAACCCUUCCCCCUUUUGUACAGGACCAAGAAAUUACCAAAUUUUAGUGAAUCCAUUAAUUCUCGUCUGUUCUGGGACUGCCGCCCCCCAAUUUGUGAUUCCUUUCAUUAGGUAAAGAUGGUAAAUUUCCAAACAUUUUGAUCUGAAUCAGAUGCAGUCUCACUGUACUUUGCUGUAAGAACCCCAUUGGUUUUCCUGUGAUGCUUGGUGUCUAGUCCAGAGCAAGUAUGUGAAUGUGAAAGGACUUGUGUUUGAUACCAAGGUUUUCAGACAUUUUACUUUUUAAACUGCAGUCUCCUUCAUCACC